AUGCUAUCAAAGGUUCAUCGAUUUAUUAAUACUAAUCAUGAUCAUUCUUACACGACUAAUAAUAAUCGAUUAACCUCAUCACUCGAUCGUAUAGAUCACAGCACAAGUUCCGACGAUGAAAACAACGUUUAUACUCAAACUUUACUGUAUAUCGUUCAUGUUGAUGAAAUUGAAUCGACAACGGUCGAUGGACAUCAGUCAAAUAAAGCUAUACGGAAAGUAUCGAAACGAACAACGGCUAGUUUUAACGAGCAACAGGAACAGCAGCAACAACGAUAUUUUCAUACACCAAAAUUGCCACCGUCGACACCACCAUCAUUUAGUUUUUCCAAUCCAUUUCGACGUUUAAAUAAUUUAUUGAAAGCUGCUGACAAAUCGUCACAAAGUACAUCGACACCGAACCUGAACGUGACGCCAUUGGGUUCGUCGACAAGGAAAAAGUCGUCGCUAAACAGUCGACUUCGUUCACAAAAUCAACGAAGUACUGAACGAUUUCCUCCACCGCCACCAGAGUUUUUCUCGGAUCAUUCGAUGCCUACGAAAAACAAACAAAUGAUUAUUCGCGCUAGUGGUCCUGGCCUAAAAGAUGGAUAUGUUGAUGAUCACUGCCAUUUCGAUCUGAAUGCACCCGACGCUGAGUUACAAAAACUCGUCAUUGCAAUUGAUGGUCCAUCGAAAGCUGAUAUUCAAAUUCAAAUUGUCGAAACGGGAAUCUAUCGGGUGUAUUAUAAGUGUCAAUUGCCUGGUAAUUAUCAUCUUUCGUUAACAUACGACGGGCAUCAUAUCGAUAGAUCACCCUAUCAUCUAAUCUUACAUACACGGCCAUCCCAAGAACAAGUCGUUCCGCCGGCUAAUACUCCAAUACGUGCAAAAAUUGAACCUGCUGAAUUUUGUGUAAAUACUCCAUGUAUAGUCAAUAUUUAUCCCGAAGUAGCUUGCAAUGUCUUUCAAGCUUAUGUACAAGCACCACAGGGAAACAUUAAUUUACCCAUUAUAGUCCAUAAAUCGGCAAAAACAGAACGUUACGAAGUCUAUUUUAUUCCAACGACUUGUGGUAAUCAUUGGCUAAACGUCAAUCUCAAUCAUACACCAAUUGUUGACAAUCCUUAUCGACUAGUAGUUCAAUCGUGUGCUACUAAGACGUCAAUGCUGAACAGUAAAGAAGAACUUUUCCAUGCCUACACUGGCGAAUUGAGUCAAUUUUUCGUAUCAAAAUCACCCUCGUCGAAAACAGGACCAUUUUCUGUAGGCAUCAGCGGACCAUCAACAGUUUUUCUCGAUGCAAAUGAAACAGAAUAUGGCUAUGAAUUUCAUUACAAACCGGUUCGAUCCGGAAAAUAUUUAAUUACGAUGAAAACUGCUGGUAAACACAUUCAAGGAAGUCCAUUCCUUUGUCGUGUUUAUGAUAAAGCCAAUGAUACUCUGCUAGCAAGUCCUUCGAGAUUACAUCAAAGUACUAGUCCGACUGAACUCGAGACUAUUCGUUCGUCAAUGACUGGUAAAGCUUCUCAAAUAUGUGUUUUCGGUGCAGGUUUAUACGAAGCCAAAAAGCAACACAAAGCAACGUUUAAAAUCGAUGCAAGUCAAGCAGGUCCAGGUUUACUUUCAGUUGGCCUAUACUCACCGCUCGGAGUAUGCGAACGUCUUGUAAUUAAACGUAUUAUUCCAUCGUCACCUGGUUUUAUUUAUAAAGUUUCUUAUCGAGUGCGAACACGUGGUCAAUACAUGUUAACAAUUGUUUAUGGAGCCGAUAUGGAACAUGUGCCUGGUAGUCCUUACCUUGUGCUCGUUGAGUAA